AGUAAAUAUAUAACCUACAGGUCUGUGCACGAACUGAUAGAUCUGCAAGAGUUUGGUGACUGAAAAGGAGGAAUCAUGCAAAACAAAGAGAGUCCUGCGGAGUCCUACUCAAAUCUGAAGGUUACUGUUCUUAGAGCAAAGACCAGCUAUUCCCGUGAUUAUUGGUCAGAGUCAGACUGCUAUGUCACUUUACACCUGCCCACGGCCUCUUCGAAUAUUCACCGUACCAAGACUGUAGACAAUAGUAGCACCCCGGAGUGGAAUGAAACGUUCGACUUUAGGGUCCAGACAUGUGUAAAGAACAUCCUGGAGAUUAGACUGUAUGAUGAGGACACUUUCACAGAUGGUGAUGACUUGUGUUCAGUUGUGUUGUUUGACAUCAACAACCUCGUACACGGAGUGAAGGAGACUAAAGUCUUCAACAGAGACUCACAGACCAAUGAUGAACUGUGGAUGGAAUUUCAGCUGCUUGAGUGUGGUGAUCCUCCUUGUAAAUAUAUUUCAAAUGGAGUCUUAAUGGCUGCCCCAUUCACUGCUGUGGAUGUUAGUUUGAUCAACAACAAAUUGAACCCAGAAAUUAUUUUGAGACUAACAGGAGCAUAUAAUGAAGAUCAGAAGAUUGCCAGUUCAGAACAAAUUACAGAGCUUGUAAAAACCUUGCGGUUCUAUGUGAACAGACAUCUGGAGACAGAACUCAUGAUAGAUCAGCUGAACAGCUCGAGUGGCAGUUCAGCAAAUGCUGUUCAGCUUAAGGAAUUGCCAGCCAAAGACCAAGUUAAAGUGUCUAUUCCCUUUGGAGAGGAAAAGCUGGACCUACAUUUGAAAAUGGAGGACCGCCCAGAGACAGAUUUUCAAGUUCGUUUGGAUUUCAACCUUUCACCCCAAGAGGAGAAGUUCCUGGAGCAGAGAAGAGUGGUGGUGGAUCAGGCCUUAAAGAAAGUGUUGAAGCAUAACUCUUCAUGUACACUUAAAAAGGUACCUGUAAUAGCUGUUGUGGCCUCAGGGGGCGGGACUAGAGCUAUGACUGGCAUGUAUGGGAGCCUGAGGGGCCUACAGAGAAUUGGCCUUCUGGACACUGUGACUUAUAUUACUGGAGUGUCUGGUUCUACCUGGGCCAUGGCCAAAUUAAACGAGCAAGAUGAUUGGUCCCAUUGUGACAUGGAAAAGGCAAUUGCUGAACUUGAGAAGGAGAUCACAAAGAGUGCUCUUAGUGCCUUCACCUUGGAGAAACUGCAGUACUACAACACUGAAACUGGGAAGAGAGAGCAGGAGGGACACCCGGUGUCACUCAUAGACAUGUGGGGAUUGGUCAUUGAGCAGUUGACCCAUGGGAAGAAAAACAGCCAUACUCUGUCUGAGCAGCAGAGGGCAGUCUCAAAGGGCCAAAACCCCCUCCCCAUCUACACUGCUGUCAAUAUGAAGGAAGGAAGGAAAGGCACUACAGCUGAGAAAGAAUGGUGUGAGUUCACGCCAUAUGAAGUGGGGAUCCCAAAGUAUGGGGCUUUUGUCCGUACUGAAGAUUUUGGCAGUGAAUUCUACCUAGGUCACAUGAUCAAGAAGCUUCCAGAGACACGUCUCCCCUAUCUGAUAGGACUAUGGAGCAGUGUUUUUUCUCUGAACCUCACUCAGCUGUGGACAGCUUUCACUGGAAUGCCACCUUCCUGGAGCCCAUGGCUGGGGGAGAAUGUGAGCAACAUAGAAGCAGACAGUGAGCCGAUUACACUGGACACAUAUCUCCUCACGCCGGUCACCAGCACAGCCAGCAUGAUUUCCAGCUUUUUCAAGAGCCGACCAGUCAUCACUGAGAUAUACAACUUUAUGCGUGGAUUCUUCAUGCAUUACAAUUAUAACAAAAACUCAAACUUUAAAGCCUGGAAAGAUAGCCACCCUGAUGCCUUCCCAAACAACCUAACACCAGCUGACUCCAAACUGCACCUAGUUGAUGCUGGCCAUGCAAUAAACAUUGGUUGCCCUCCGGUGUUGCGUCCCCAGAGGGGUGUAGAUGUCAUCCUGUCUUUAAGCUACUCAUGGGAUCCGCAGGAUGUUUUACAGGUUAUUAAACUGACACAGGAUUACUGUGAAGACCACAAGAUACCCUUCCCCCACAUUGACUUCAGCAAGCUCCAGGCUGAGCCUGUGAGAGAGCUCUACGUCUUUGAAGACAAAGAGAACCCAAAGGCUCCCAUUCUGCUGCACAUGCCCCUUGUCAAUGUUUCGUAUCGAGAGUUCAAGGCUCCUGGUCAACCACGGAAAGGUGAGGAGGAGAUGGAGGCGGGGAAAGUUGAUGUUAGCUCUGACUCUUCUCCCUACAAGACCUCCAACCUGACCUACUCUGUGAAGGACUACAGGUCACUGGUGGAUCUCACCACCUACAAUGUUGUCAACAACAAGGAUGCGAUCUUGAAGGCUCUUUGCAGUUCCCUAGACAGGGCAGUCCCUGUGAAGGAAGAAAACAGUCAGGAUCAGGACAAGUCAGUAAAAUAUUCAGUUCAGUGAGGAAAGUAGUAUAAUUCCUGUAGAAACAUUGGAAGGGAGAACCGUGCAUGUUUCAUGACAUUUUAAAAUAGUAUAUUAUAAGGAUUUGGUUAUUACGCUAAGAAUUAAAUUCAACAUAGUUUGUAAGAAUGGGUGUCACCCUGCCCCCCCACCUCUCAUAUGCAAAUAUUUUGAGUUGCUGGAUGGUGCCUCUGCUUGAUGGGUCUCACGCCUCAUUGUGUAACUUACUGUCACAUUGCUGAUUCAUUAUUGAUAAGUAAGGGUUAAGAUGUGGUCUGAUUGGUUGUUCUACAGAUAAUAUUUGGGUAUGAUGGGAAUUAUGAAGCAUUGUUCUGGGGAUUCUUGAUCUCCUGAAAACUUCUCUUCAGCUGCUUCUCCUUGCUAAUUUCUUGAUUUAUUUGUCUGAUUUUACAAUAAUCGUGGUUGAGUAGGUAACAUUUAAAACCGUAAUCUUUGUAACAUGUUUGCCUUGUAAUUGAAUUCAUUCAUUUGCAAUGUUAUUAAAUAUUUCAUUUGGACUUUGA